CUAACAGUCGCCGACUCUGCGGAAAUACUAUAAAAUUUUAAAAUUCUUGUCCAGCAAGACACAAUUUUGUGCCUCUCUCGUAACAGCAGACGCCGGAGGGAACAAAUUUUCAUCACAAUUUGAAUGCUUUCUGAGUUGCGGUGUUAAAGGGAUGGUUGCACCAUUAGUGGCUGGAGUUGCUGUUGCUGCAGCUGCUUAUGCUGGUCGAUACAGUAUUAAGGCUUGGCAAGCCUUCAAAGCUAGGCCUCCUAGAAUGCGAAAAUUCUAUGAGGGCGGCUUUCAGCCGAAAAUGACUAGGAGGGAAGCUGCAUUAAUUCUUGGAGUAAGGGAAAGUACUGCUACUGAUAAGGUGAGGGAAGCACAUAGAAGAGUGAUGGUCGCAAACCAUCCAGAUGCAGGUGGUAGCCACUACCUUGCAUCAAAGAUAAAUGAAGCUAAAGAUGUGAUGCUUGGGAAGAGCCAAAGCAGUGGUUCAGCUUUUUAAAGGAUGAGUUUGCAUGCAAGUCAGAUCUUCAUGAAGGAUUUGGGGCUUGCUACAAAUCUUGAUAUCCAAUUUUUGAACUAAAUUAUUAGUCAUCUAACAAGUUUAUUGAAGGAAGUUGUUCUUGGUGCUCUUAAAUUUUAUCAUCUUCAUAGUGCUAGUCGGAGAGAGAAUUGUUUAAGCCACCAUUUGUGCUGAGCUUAGCUUGCUCUUGUACAAUGCUAUACUAUUGUAAGGUCAGUUGGGCUGGUAUGGUGCCUUCCGUGAAAUUAUUACGAGUAUCAAAGUUUCAGAGUCGGUACAACUAAAAUACAUAUUGAAUAUCUAUUAUUUUAUUCUACAGAUGACUUUAGUAUCAAUUUAUGAUGCUCCUCCAGAAAUGCGGCUUUGCAUCUUAAAUUGCACGCCGCUUCUGGAGGACCUUUAAGGGGAUGGAUCAGCUAAAUCAUAUAUGCUAUCUGGGUUUUUUAAAGAGAUCUGAGGACUGGAAGAAAAGUUAAAAUACUGAUACCAGACCAGAGGGAAGGAGAAAAUAAGUAGCUAAAGUGACCAUUGCUCUUUGGUGAGAUUGAGGGAUACAUGUAAUUCUGAUUGGAUUUGGGGAGUCUUUAGUCCCUUUCAAAUCAUCAACAUGCCUCUAAAAUUGCAGUUGACUGAUGUGCACAACUGACUGAAAUGCGCAAAUCCGCACUCGUUUGCUAAAAAUUUCAUAUUGCUUCUAGAUAACAGGACUAGGCACGGAAUGAAACUCUCUUCUCUUUGCUCUUCCAAAACAUUCGUUGUGGGAGUCAACAAACCAAACCACUAAUCUCAGGCUUUUAAGGCUUCGUUAGGAACUCUAUGUACAUUGCAAUUUCCUCAUAACUACUUGUGGUUACAGAAUUGGAGCAUCGAGUAUUGAUGCUUCUCCAUCUUCUCCACUGUGGCCUGGCGAAGUUUCAUUUGCGACUUCUAAUGGACCACGAGGAUUUCCAAAAAGGGUAGUGAAUAUGUGCCUUUGGCAUUUAUCACAAAAAAAGAAAUAGGAGAAGUGACCUUCAUCUGGAAGUUUAUGUAUAGAAGCCGAUGGCAGAGUUCUUCCCACAAAAUCAGUUACUGAUGGGGACACCACAAGAUCAUCUGUUCCCUGUCAGUUAUUAUUGAACAAAGUAAUAAGUAUGUCAUGAAGCUGGGCCGUGAACAGCUCAUUUAGGGUAUUAUACUUUUCAAAGAUCAAUAAUUCUUAACGAGGUGAUGAUAAAAUUAACAAAAUGAAGGAGGGGACAUUAGAUACCUGCCAUAUGUGAAUCGGGCCU